GAAGAGAGAAAGAGAGGAAGAACGAUUACGAGCCGUGCAUACCGCGGCACGACCACUCGUCGACGAUCGGCCGAGAGAGGUAGGGAGCAUCGCACUCCGCGCCGCGCCGCCGCGACUAGGUGCAACAAGGACGCAAGGAAUCGGUGACGAUGGCUUUGGUGUGGGCGCGUGUCUGGCAGCUGCCGCUUACAGGUGGUGUGCUUGGCUUGGGAACCAACCUCUACGGACCGUUCCCACGGAAGGCCUGUUCCCCACCGCGCGGCCCCGCAGAGCGUGUUUCCCUCCCGUCCGCGCGCAGGCCCGUGCCUAUAUAAGGAGCAGCCUCGCCCGAACGCGACUACAAUCACGCUCCGUUCGUGUUCACUCGAGGACCCGUGCCUGGAGACCUACGUGUGUCAGCUCAGCUAACACCGCAGUGUUUCCUUCCGCCAGUGAGCUCGCAGUGACGACAACGACGACGCAAUCGCAGCGAGGUCGUUUCUCAAGUUCGACGAACCCGGUCCGAUAAGAGCGCGUUCGCGAUAAGCCAGUUAUCUUAGUGAAGUUCUUGCAAAGUUCUUCAGUGUCGCCCAUCGCGAAAGGAAAAAAAAAAAAGGAUUAACCAUGCAGAUGCACGAGCAGAUCAUCAUGGUCGAGGGGCAGGAGCAGCCGAUUUCCAGGACCUAUCAAUAUCGGAAGGUGAUGAAACCGAUGUUGGAACGCAAACGCCGAGCACGCAUCAACCGCUGCCUCGACGAGCUGAAAGACCUGAUGGUGACCGCGCUGGCCGGUGACGGCGAGAAUGUGGCCAAGUUGGAGAAAGCCGACAUCCUGGAGCUCACGGUGCGCCACUUGCACAAACUCCAGCGCCAGCAGCGUCUCUCGGCGAAUCCGGUGAUCGACGCCGAUCGCUUCCGCGCCGGCUACACGCACUGCGCGAACGAAGUCAGCCGCUGCCUAGCCGCGACACCGGGCGUCGACGUCGCUCUCGGCACGAAACUGAUGACGCACCUCGGACACAAACUCAACUCGAUGGACAAGACCGGCCCGUUGACGAUCCACGUAACAGCGUCGCAGCCCUCGCCGUCUUCGUUGUCCAGCAGCGAGUUGAGCUCCGACGAGUACUCGAUGCCGCUGACACCGGCGUCCAGCCAGCCAUCCCCGGUGCGAACCGACAUCGACACCGUCUCCCAGAGCCACCAGGGCCUCCUGCAGGUGGCCAAGCCUAACGAGCUUAUCUGGCGACCCUGGUGAACGGCCAUUUGAUGUGGCUAUGGUGAAGUAACCGGCAAAAGGCGAGAUUCCCCAAAGCAUUAUUCGAAGCAAUCAGGGGGGGGAGGGGGA